UGGACAAUUCACGCUGCUGGCCUUGAAGGAACGUGGUGUUUCAAGUGCAAGUCACGAUGAGCAUUGGUGAUUUGGAGGAUGAUCAGAUUACAGGAGAAGGUUCAAAUCAGAGUGAAAAUGGAGACACAUCAAAUGAAAUGAUGGAAGUUGAUGAAUGCAACGUGAAGAAUGAAGUAUACAUUCCAGGUCGUUCACGACCUCUUGAGGAUGAUGAAGAGUUGAUUAUGGACAAAAGCGCCUACAGAAUGUUUUUCGAGCUAGAAGUGGAGUACUCCAGCCUUAGCUUCGAUAUUUUGACUGAUAAUAUGGGUUCUGAUCGUUGCGUUGAGGUUAAUGGUGGUGCUCACAGUGCUUGUAUGAUAGCUGGAACACAGGCAUCUCAAGGUAGUCAAAACAAACUCAUCGUUAUGAAGUUGUGCAACAUGAUUCCAUUCAAAAGAAAGGUUAGCCUUCGUUUUCAUGUGAUGUGAUAGAAAUACUGUGGACAGGUGUUCAGGUUUCUUUGGUUUAACCCUUUGUUUGUCACUUUUGAGUUCUAAUAUUACUCAAGGUUCAGGUUCUCAUUCUUAAAAAUAAACCAGAAACUUAGUGCUACUGCAUAAAUAAUGGUAUAUUUAAAGGAAAUAAGUGGUGUUUGGGGAGUCUGUCGUGAGGCUAAUAUCAGAACUCACAGCGUUCUAAAUAGAUAUGCAAACGUACUCCACCUUGGAUUCUACGGACGAAGGUCAAUCGAGUUCCGAAGAUGAAAGCGAUUCUGACGAGGAAAAUUUGGAUGCGCAACCUGAUGUCGAAGCUGCAACCAUCUUACAUCAAGGUACAGUUAACCGAGUUCGGGCCAAACAACAGAAAGGCCGCUAUCUGGCUGCAUCGUGGUCAGAAAAUGGAAUGGUCUUCAUUUGGGAUUUAACCAGGCCUCUUACAGCUGUAAACGACUCAGCUGUUAUGGCAGAGUAUACUCGUCACGAUGAAUCUCCUUCACCACUAUUUACAUUUAAAGGUCAUAAAACAGAAGGCUUUGCUUUAGAUUGGAGUUCUCAUACUAACGCCGUAGGACAUUUGGUCACAGGAGAUUGUAACGGUUGUAUUUAUUACUGGAAACCUCGGUCGUCUGACUGGGCUGUAUCUAAAAGGCCAUUUACUGCACACACAAAUUCUGUUGAGGAUAUUCAGUGGUCUCCUACAGAGCCAACUGUGUUUAUCUCUGUUUCUUCUGAUCGCAGUAUACGUGUUUGGGAUGUUCGCGUUCCACAGUGUAAUGGAAGUGUGCUUUCUGUUCCUGAAGCGCAUUCCGCUGAUAUAAAUGUUGCUUCUUGGAGUCACCUGAAACCUAUUAAUUUACUAACUGGAGGAGACGAUGGCACUUUAAAGAUAUGGGAUUUGCGAUUAAUUCAUUCCAACGGCCCUCAGAAGUCAAAAGGUUCAUCGAUUCGUGCUUAUACGCAUUUAUUUGAUUAUCAUAAGAAACCGAUAACAUCUGUGGAAUGGCAUCCGAAUGAUGCUGGUGUUUUCGUGGCUACAUGUGAAGACGAUCAAGCUAGUUUUUGGGAUAUCACAUUAGAGCAAUCUGAACAAGACGUGAAGCAGUCGACUAGUGAAUCAGGUACAAGUCAUGAAACAACGGGUGGAGAUGAUUUAGAUAUACCUGUUCAACUGUUAUUCAUUCACAGUGGACAAAAAGAGUUAAAAGAAGCACACUGGCAUCCACAAAUACCAGGUCUGGUAUUUACAACAUCCCUAGAUGGCUAUAAUGUCUUUCGUACUUGUAACAUAUGAAAUUUUUGCCUUACUAAUGUCUAAAUAUAUUGUUCUUCUUUCUUUGAUCAUUCGGUUUUUGUAUACUAGUCCUUUUAGGCCUA